CUCGCAGUCGGAACAAGAAGAGCAAGAAGCCAGGAGAGGACGGCAUGAAGGAGACGGUGUGUCCCAUCUGUAGCGAGCGCCUGGCUGGUUCGGCCGACGACCUCAACACGCAUGUGGAGAUGUGCCUCAAACAGCGCUCCGGAGAGGGCGAGGAGGAGGCGGUGGAUGUGGAGGGAGAGUUUGAGGAGUACGAGUGGGCGGGGCAGACCAGGGUCAGGGCCACGACCUUGCUGCCCGGUGGAUUUGCAGCAUCAGGAUUCCAGACACACAAUAGCCGUCGCGACGGAGACGAGGAAGGGGAGUUAAAUGUGGACGGAGACGACACGGAGGAGUACGGCAAACCUCAAUUCACGGAGACAGAUAUCGUCCCUGUGGGAUCAGACGGGGGAAGUCCUCACACAGACAUCCGGAGCCCUCGCGGAAAUUUGCCCCCAGAGAGCAGCUUCACAUCCAGGACGGACACGGUGAACGCCGACGGUGCUGGCUGCAGCAAACACUUGUCCCCGUACGACAUCCCUCAGCGAUCUGCCUGUGAUCAGGGCAAUGACGACCAGUCUAUAUCAGCGCUGGUGGGAGCUCUCAGAGCCAAACUGCAGGAUCUGGAGGCAGAGAAAACAGAGAAGCAAAAAUGUCUUAUCUGCAUGGUAGGUGCAACAUCGCUUUUUUCUGGGAUUUUUUGGGUGCGAAAAAACUGUGUCCGCAGUGCAACAUGA